GGCGGCAGCGGGGCUGCGUGUGUACACGAGGUCUGCGUUCGUCGCCCGCCAUGGCGCCUGCUGCCGCCAAAGUGUUUCUCUUCGCGUUCGUCGCCUGCCUGCUGAGCGCCGCCGUCUCAGCUGUGGCUUACUACGACUGUGGUUCCACAUACGACCUCUUGGGUGUUGACUUCGCAGGUUGUGAAAACCCGCCGUGUCCUCUGGUGGCUGGGUCAACGAUCAACGUCACCUCCACGUUCUACGCCAAGUCCGCCUCUAACAGCGUGCUGAAUGACGUGUACUUCGUGAUGAACACAGUGCAGCUGCCGGCCACGGUGACUUCGUGCACCUGUUCGGGCGUGGAGGGCACGUGCGUGGGCCAAGAAGGCUGCGCCAUCGCCCAGGGCGCGACAAUGGAUUACCACGCGCAGGUGCUCGUCGGUAGGGGGUUGCCGCCGGUGGAAGGUAGCCUGGUUUGGGAGAUGUACAAUGAAGUGCAACACAAGAUCAUAUGCUACAAGGUCGAAGUCCAGAUUUUUUGGCCGUAGGAGAUGUCAGCCGAUCCGUGAACAAGACUGCUGAAUUAACGUCAACUUGCAUUGUUGCAAGAAAGACAAAAGAACACUAAUGUUUUAAGAUUGCUCCCUUGAUAAAUAAAUUAAUCUUGCAUUGCA